GGUAGCGCCGCAUGGCGUGGAAUUUAGCUCUGGAAGCUAUACAUACGUCAUCGAUCCGGUAGUGCCGAGCAUCAACCAUAUCCAAACCUGAGGCCCUCUUUACAAAACCCUUGCUGUUACCAUAUCUACCACUAUCAACAAACAUCGCAAGGUACAGGCACGAUGGCACCAGGCGAAAACCUUCCCGAUUUUCUCACAAACACGGAACUCGAUCCCAGCUUCGACAAAGACAUCCUCGACACGCAUCUGAUCUACGACUAUGACGCGCAAGAUAGCAAUGGCAACCCCGAAAAAUGGCGAUACGAACUAUGGUGUUUCUCUUCUGACCGUGUCGUCUAUGCCAUUCAUGGUGGUCCGAUGGCCGGUCGCGUGAACUACCAACGCGCAACAUACCAAUGCAUACGCCCUGGCGAACUAUGGCAGAUAAACUGGCUCGAAGAGACAGGUACUAUCGUCUCUGCGGUUUACGACAUUAAGGAGAAAAAGAUGACGACGAUGAUUGCAUUUUCGGAAGGUCACUGGAAGAGAGCAAAGGAGGCACUGGGCGACAAGAGGAAGAAAGAGGACCUGGAUAGAUGGAGGGGUCUGGCCGGUGUGGGAAACCAGACUUCGAGGUUUAUGCUGAGCGAACAGGCGCAAGUCGUGGAGACGUUCAAGGGAAAGGGUGAACUGGUCCCGAUCAAAGAGAGUGAUCCCCUGUUUUGAGUAGUAUAUCUUCCAUGAUGUCACGUCAGUAAAUAUAGCGGUACCAUUUGUCCUGCGUGGUGCUUCGUCUCCUUUCUUGAAGGGAAUAUAGAAUAGCUCUGUUCUGAUGCUGUUCCACGUUUACAAUCGA